AUGCAGUACAGGCACGGAGGUGAGUCACCUCUCUUUGAGCCUGAAGAGGAGAAUGACGGGGACAAUGAAGUCCAGCUUGAUGUUAUUCAGCCAAUGGAUAAGAAGGAUGAUGACGAUGUUGAUGAAGAUACAAGAGAAGAAGUGAUGGAUGCCAAUGAUGAGGAUUCAGGAAGAGAGAAGGAAGAGGAAAAGGAAGAUAAGGAAGAGGAGCAUGAAGGGGCGAAGCACUCUGGGAUUAUUACCCUCCGAUUUGAAGAAGAGUUAACCGAGAAGGAUGCCGAUGAAUUCUUUGACUCUCUUGACAGUCUGGGCUUGCCAAGGUCUAUCUUCUCUGAUAUUAAAGUGAAAGGAAAAGCGAUCACCGUCCAUGUAAAUGCUUCUUCACUUAGACUGACGCCUCAGUCUGUUGGAGCUUUAAUCGGUAAGUCAACUUUAAAAUUUACUUUGUCAGUGGGCCAUUUGCUAACGUAACCCAGGUGUAGAUUAUAGAUUUUUAAGUCUUUAUAUCAAUUAUAGGCCUUUAUGGAUCUUACAUCGCAAUGCAUCAUGGGACAGAAUUUGAAUAAGUAGCAUGAUCAUUUGAAUACUGAUGAACGACACUCUUUGGGUCAUUUUAAGCAAUUUAAAAAUCUAUAGUAGAUGUGAACAACUUUUUUCUCAUACAUGUAAUUAUACAUUAGUCACAAAUUACAGGUAUAACUAUGGUUAAAAGUUGUGCUUUUUCGUCAACACACACGUUUCUUAACGUUUUAUUUUAUUGAUGGAUUUAUGGUACUGUGCGCCUCCUGUGCAUAUACCAAUGCGGUAAGACAUGACAUACCACCACUAAUUGGAACUCAAGUUUGAUUUCAAAUCACACUUAAAUCUUUGAGAAACACCCCCAGGGGCCCGUCUUUCACAGAGUUAGGAUUGAUCCAAUCAACCUUCAGUGUAUGCAAAACCAUCAAUGUCAUAAUUAUUUCUACAAAUAAAAAUUGUACAUUGUCCUUUGUGAACAAAGGAAAACACACUGAAUUUUCAAGAAAUCAAUGAAUGUAUGAAUUUACAGCAUAUCUAGAACAUAUUUCUAGUAAACAUGCAUCUUAGGUAUUGAUGUUGCUGGUUUUCCAUAGUUACGGUUGAUCGGAUCAAUCGCACCUCUUUGUAGAGUCUUGAGUAGAUAUGAACACAGUCUAGCAAGGGUCAAAUUAAGAAUUCAAAGGGGGAAGGUCCUUUUUUUCAAAGGGCAUUAAAAGUAAAGGCAAGGCGGUGCUCACUUGAAGGGGCAUCUAAGGGGGUGUUGCAAGAAUAUAUUUGCAAUCAAUUGUAAAUAUUCUGUUGUAAUUCUACAAUUGAUAUAUCAAUUUCAACUGUAGCAAAUCAGGGGCCCAUCUUACAAAGACUUACGUUUGAACCAAUCAAUCGUAACUCUACAGAAAUCCAUCAAUGUCAUACAUUUUUCUACAGGAAAUUUGCACAAUGUCCUUAGUAAACAAAGAGAAGCACAGUGAAUUUUUAAGAAAACAUUUAAUGCAUGAAUAUACAUCAUAGCUUGAAAAUAUUUUGACCAAACAUGCUGGCCGUCCAUAGUUGUAAAUUGAUUGAAUCAAUCGCAACUCUUUGUAAGACGGGGCCCAGAUUGCACUUCUUGUUCUGAGAAGCAGAUAAGCAAUCAAUGGCAAAUUUGCAAUUAGUUGCAAGACAUAUGAUUGAUUUAGGGACUGAAAAUAGACUUGCAAUUGAUGGCAAGUUUCUUGCAACACCCCAUUAGUCCAUUAAAAAUGGCAUCAAUUGUGAAAUGUAUGUUUCAAUGGGACACAUGCACUGGACUCCCGCAGGGCUCCAAGGCCAUAGGCAAAAAGGGCACUUAUUUUGGUCUUAACUCUACAAAUAUUUGGAAGGUUAUUAAGGCCGUUUCUGAGGGCAUUGGAGACAAUGGCCUAGGUUAGCCUUGGAGUAUGGUCUGAUUAAUAAAUUCACACUUCAUGGGUGGUUCUUUCAUAGCCAUGGUUUAGUUAAAGGUAAAAGAAAGUAGUUGCAGCAAACUAUUAUUUCCUGAGAAAAUCUUAAAUCAAGGUUAAUUGUUGCCAUAUUCUAUCUAGAUGUGGUACAUUCAUGUACCGAUAGCUCAGUCGGUAGAGCGGGGGUUUCGGAUUCCGGUGACCCGGGUUCGAUUCCCAAGUGGUGCGCUAGUGCCCUUUGGUAAGGCAUUUAUCCUCAUUACCAGGUUCCUCGGAGAGGACCUUAAGCCGUUGGUCCCCUGGUUGCUUGCUCACAGGCAUUCAUGCUUUCUUAGCAGUCAGGUAAAAAAAACUCGGUAUAACAUGGUAAACUUAUCUUUGUGAAAUCAUGAAAUCUAAGGUGAAAACCGAUAAUUCUGAUAUUUGCUAUAACAGACAAGCAUACGUGGGAUAGUGUGUUAAUAUCGCUUGGGGAAAAUACUGGACAUAAGAUGUAAUUCUGAGCUUAUUAAUAAUAGCUAAUUUCUCGGCAAUUACACAUUUUCUUCCAGAGGCAUUUGCACAUUUAAAAAAAAAUUUACAUUCAAACACUUGGGUGGUCAUUUCAUUGGAUUCUGUUCAAACUCAUUUAGAGAUCAUUAGUAAUACUUAAUUACCAAAACUGGUAUUUGUCUUUAUCCCAAAUUUAACUUUGACAACACUUCUGUUGAUUGCCAGUGGUCAACUAUUUCACAAAGUACAAUUUAUUUUAAUCCUAAUAAUACAAGUAUACAGUGAUAUUUUUAUGAACUAGUUGGUACUUCAUCUUUGCCAUGAAUGUAAACGAAGUAUAUAAAACCUUGCAUUCCAUGAAUGAUGGACUAACAUAUUUUGUUUAGUUUGGAGUUAAAAUUCUAAAUACUACCAAAUGUGCAAGCAGCUUGGAUAUAAAAAAAUAUAAGGUAAAUAAGAUAUUAUUCUCACAUACUGAAGGUAUAGCUUACAAUAUUGUAAACAAUUAUUCAAAAGAACGAAUAAAACUGUAGUUUGAAGCGUGCAUUAGGAAUAUUAUAAGACAACAAAGCAAUGAAGAAGACAAAUCAUACUCUUUAUAAAUGCUCUGCACUUGAUUUAGGUCAAUCACUUGUUUCAAUACAACCAAUUUAUGACUUGAUUGUAUAAGAUCGCUCAUAUCCACAUCAGAAUUACUCCAUAAUAAAUUGAAAUUCGUAGAAAAUAAAACCAAAAUAUUCUAGUUUGCCCUCCAGUGCCAUUCGUUUCAUUUCAUUGUACGAAUUGAAGCUCCGAUAUCAGCUAUAUUUAGCUGAUUGCCAAAUUUAUGCUGCACCCUAGCGACUGAAAGUUAACGUCAUUCUAAAUAUUUAUCUAGCCUAGUGGAUUGGGCACGGACUUAUAAAGAUAGAUGGUCUUAUUCGCCAUGACACUCCUACUCAAUCAUGUAUAGUGAUAUUUAGUUUUAAAGGGAGACUGAAGUACACAUGCUUUCAGGAUAGUUGUGAUUUUGUUUCUCAAUGUAUUCAUUUAUUUCCAUCAACCCUCAGUUAAAGAAACAUAUAUGGGUCUUUGUAUGAAGUUGCAGCUCAAGUUGUGACAUUUCCGCACAUUUAUUGGUUGUAGGUUAUACAUUUGUAUUAAUGCCAUGCAUUUUACUCUAAAUUUUAUGCCAUUUAGACAAUUUUUGUGAAGUUAAAGAGCAAAACAGUGUAUUCCACUGUUACACGGUGUCCAAGUAGAAUCAGGAUAUAUUUAGAGUUGGUCCUAACAGUCAAAAUCAGGCUAAUACAUUGCUGCUUGUGUCUAAAUUAUAUUUUUUCAUCCUACAUGUAUAUUGUGGUGUGUUACAAUGUUUUUUUAGAAAAAAUACAAGUACUCAUACACACAUUUCAUCUUAGUUUUGAGGAUUUUUCUUAUAUCAGCUACUCACGAGAAAUUAUGGCAAUUACAUUUACCAAAACUUGAGAUACAAAAUGCACAUUUACUUUUGUCAGGUAGCUAAGAACAUAAGAUUUCCUAUGCAUAGUCUAGAUAUUUAAAAGAAAAUUUACACAUUGUAACUAUGCUACUAAGUGUCAACUAAGGGUGUGUUUAUGCUUCCAUUGUGAGGACAGAAUCAGCGUUUUCAAACGUCGAUUCAAAACGCCGUUCGUAAACGUGGUUCUGGGAGUGCUGUUUAUGCUUAACUCUUCAGAGGCGAAAUCACCAUCUCCAGCUGGCUUCGCAUCAUAAUUUUCAUUGAGCAGGAAAGCGAGGUCAAAUUGGGCGCGCCUUUUUUCGAAAGUUUUUUUUCCGAGUGUUGUUAUUACUUGGAGAUAACAGGCGACCAUAAUGGAGCAAUGCGACUGUAUUUGCCCGUGGAUUUUCAUCUCACCGGAAGCAUGUACCAAAUGACGUCAUUUAAACACGUUUAUGAUCGUGGUUCUGUUUAUACUUCCCCAGAAAGCCUGAUUCUGGUCAAACAACAUUUACAAAUGCACCUUUUUGUGAGUUUACGAUCGGCGUUUUGAAACGUCGUUUAAAUGAAAGUAAGCAUGGACGCAACCGUGUUUUGGACUAAUCACGUAUGGAAACGCUGAUUCUGGCCUGAAAAGUGGAAGCAUAAACAUGGCCUAAUUGUGACGUUUCUCAGAGAGAGAGAGAGAGAGAUAACUUUGAAGAGAUGGGGGGGAGUGUAUAUAGG